UUCUAUCGAGGUAACCGCUUGAUACCGUAAUACUAUUAGCAUCUCGUUCUUCCAUGGGAGUGCCCUAGUGAUGUACCUUACUACCUUAGCGCGCGCCAUGCCUUCGCCAGCCAGUUUGCCCGCCAACGCGUCCCAGCGACGCCGCGUCGCGAAUACCAUAGACAGUAUAGACAACCCGGAUACGUUUCCCGAUUCCCGCUUUUAAGAUGAGGUGGUUUAUCCUGCUGCUGGCGCUGGCCGCGGCCCGCGGGCAGGACACGUGCCAGUCCAGCACGGAGCCCCAAUACCUGCUCUUCGGCACCAAGACCGCAUACAACUACGUCAACAGGAACUUGCCCAAUCUCAACCCGCAGAAUAUACCUGGAUGCCAGGCGAAAGCUAUCUGGCUACUGAACCGGCAUGGUUCUACUAAUCCAGAGGCGGAUGAACUGCCCCAGCUGCGGCACUUGACGGCCUUCAGGGACAACGUUGUCAAGAACUACCACAAUGGCUACAACAAGGAGCCCAGAAUGUGCCUCGGCGACCAAUCGCUGCUCACUCGCUGGACGUGGAACCCGCGGCAGAACCUCACAUUUGCUGGGGACCUCACGACCAACGGUUACAUGCGCACUGAGGAGCUGGCACAGAGCUGGGUUUCCCGCUAUCCUAGUCUUCUGACUGAUAACAAGCACGAUUACUUGUUCAAGUUCGCGAAGGACAAGCGUUCCUCGGAAUCUUUCCACGCCUUCACUGCGGGCCUGUUUCGGUCGCGUCCCGAAGAUCUCGAUUUGCCGAAUGAAAAUGAUGAGAAACUGCUUAUGCCGGACAAAUUCUGUCCAGCGUGGAGCAGAGACAUCGGGGACAGCAAUGAGACCCUCAGGCAACGGGACAUCUUCGAGUCCAAGCACGAAUGGGCGGAGAUGGUGAGCAACAUAUCUUCGCGCCUGGGCUUCACGUAUGACAUCGACCGCAGCAUCAUUAAGAACAUCUACCAGAUGUGCCGCUACAACAAGGCGUGGGACAUCACGCAGAUAUCGCCCUGGUGCUCAGCAUUCUCCCGCGAAGACCUCCGACGUUUCGAGUAUGCCGAAGACCUGGAAACCUUCUACAAGUAUGGCUACGGUUCGGAGACCAGCCCCAAGCUGGCCUGCCCGCUCAUCAAGGAUAUGAUGGAUUUCUUUAAUAAGCAUGUCAACGCAAAUGUUCCCCAACAGCCGGUCUCGCAGAUCCUGUUCGGCGAAGCCCCCGCUCUGCUUCUACUGACUGGUGCCUUGGGCGGCCGUCGUGAUGACGCGCCGCUCACCGGAGAUAACUUCCACACGGUCCCCACGCAGAGCCGCAAGUGGAGCUCCUCUGCCGCCUCGCCUUUUAAUGGGAACCUUGCCGCUAUUCUGUACAAAUGCAAUCCCAACGGCAACUUCGGCUACAAGGACCGGCACCAGAUCCUCUUCCUCCAGAACGAGCAAACCAUGGACCUGCCCUUCUGUAAGGUGGGCCUGUGCGAGUGGCCCGACCUCAAGGUCCGGCUGGGUGACAUCGCGAGUAAAUGCAACCUGGACUUCUGCAAUGGGGCCGCGACUUUGAACAGCGUUGUGGCUUUAUGUGUUGGUUUGUUUGCGUUCUUUGUGAGAUAUCUGGUUUAAAUUCGUGUUUUCACUCACGUGUAUCGAACGUAUUACAGAGUGGCUAAAAAAUAACUGCCCCCAAAAACACCGAACCCCGAAAAUAUUUAGCGAUUUCGGGGUUGGUCCCAUAGUAAAAGUUGCUCAGUAUAAUCCCAAAACCACCCUGGUAACGGGAAUGCAGUUAUGUUUUAGCCACCGUGUAUAUUAGGUACUUGAGUAUGGUAUCAGUUAUGUGAGCGUACAAUGUCUAGAUGUAGUGCGUAAUUGUUUUCCAUCGUAUUUUCUCGGAAACGUUCGUAUUUGUCCCGCUAAUUUCAGUCAACCUCAGUACUUUUGUACCGAGACUGACUGAAAUAGCAAGACGCUUUCGUACGUUUCCGUGAAAAUACGAUGGAAAAUAAUUAUGCACUACAUCUGUAAUGUUAUGAGAGAGAGCCGGUACCGAAGCGUCUGCACUCAAAGCACACUCAAAGUAAUAUGGGUACAACAAAUCCACCUAAGGUUUGCCUGAAUGAAGUAGGUUAAUUAAAGCCGUGACGCUUAGCUACUUACUGGCUAUUGACGGAUGGCGCGAUUUUGUCACCGAUGGCUACUAUACUAUCCGCAAACCAAACUGAGGACCGAGAUCAUAUUACCAUCUCUUUCACUCCUGCUAAGACGGAUGUGUGUACCUUAAUGAGUACGUACUUAGCUAUCGGUGUACUCCUUAAGUACAAGUACACCAAAUACGCAUUUUGUAAGCUUUAGUAAAACCUUUGACCAUGAACAGUUAGUAUGAAUAUUAUGACUAUUAAGAGUAUUGUCAGCAUUUUGCAUAGGAGUUUUUUGACAUAUUAAUUCCCAUAACUGUCUGUUACCCUUAUUGUAUUGUUCGUUAUUAGCAAUUUACUAAUAUGAAUUAAACAUCAGUGUCAUAUAUGCUUUCGGACAUUUAUACGUUAGGUAGUAGGUACAUUAUAAGAAUAACAUUUUAGACUCGCUUAUCAAAGGAAGUCAUUCUAGUACAGAUGUAGUGCAUACCUAAUUGUUUUCCAUCGUAUUUUCUCGGAAACGUUCGUAUUUGUCAUGCUACUUCAGUCAACCUCAGUACUUUUUGUACCGAGACUGACUGAAAUAGCCAGACACGUUCGUACGUUUCCGUGAAAAUACGAUGGAAAAGAAUUAUGCUCUACAUCUGUAUCACAUUUUGUGUCAGUAAGUUCGUACUUUAUUGUAUGAGUGUAUAAGAAUAAGAACCUAAAUGUACCUAAGUAAUUCAAUAGUCAUGGUAAUAAAAAGUAUCAUAUUAAAAGUAUUUUUGAGACACUCUAAAUAAUGCUUUAUUUCUUGUAUAUUUCUUGUCGUUAAUAUUAAUUUUUAAUGUACAGUUAGCAUCAGAAGUGGCUAAACGUGUGAGGAGUUCAAAAUUAAUCGCGCAAGCUUUUAUUCUCUAACAAUAAAGUUGCGUUUAGGUAAUUUUGAUCGUCUCGCCCGCUUGUCUUAUUCUGGUGUAGUGGUGUGACUGUAUUAUGUACUAAGAUAUCCUAGAUUUCUAGGCCACCUAUAAGUGUCGCUUUAGUACUUAGAUAUAGUUUUUGCUGUGAGAUUUUUCAAUAUUUUAAUAUCAUGCAUUUUAACUGUAUUUGUGGUCGCUUAUGAUGUAAUCAUAGGCUUUAUUAUUUUAAGCGUUUUUAGUUUCGAUUAAGUUUUUUAACGUUAUAUUUUGUAAAUAUUAAGAGCAGUCGUGAGCGUAA